AUGGAAAGGAACAAGGAGAAUGUUGUUGAUCAAUGCAUAUACUUGAGGGUCAAAGGGAAUAAGUAUAUCUUUCUUGUUCUUUAUGUUGAUGAUAUAUUACUUGCUGCAAAUGACAUUGAGCUUUUUCUUGAGACAAAGUGCAUGCUAUCGUUUUAUUUUGAUAUGAAGGAUCUUGGUGAGGCCUCUUAUGUUUUGGGGAUUCAGAAUUUUCGUAAUAGAUCUAGAGGCGUUCUUGGAUUAUCUCAGAAAACCUACAUUAACCGAGUUUUGAUUGGAUAUUCUGAUGCCGAUUUUGCAAAUCUUUUAGAUGAUAGGAGGUCUAAUUUUGGUUGUGUUUUUAUGAUGGCAGAGGGAGCUGUUUCUUGGAAAAGUGUAAAACAGACAGUUAGGCCAAGCGCAUUAUGGACAAGGCAUAUUAUCUAUAAGAGAUAUUCAGAUUUGGCUCUAGGGCUUCUUAUGGAAACGGGUGUUUAUCACUCUUUUGAUAUUUUCCAUACUGCUUCUACAUCUCAUUUACCUAUGUUACAUGAUUUCAAGUAUUCGUCAUGUGUUGUUUACCUUGUCGGUAUAUCAUUCACUGGUUUGAACUUGAAGGCACAUUUUGGACAAGGCUUUUUGGUUUUGAGAUGGUUGCUUGUGUUUUUGUAG